CUUGUGCUGCGCGACUUAGAAGAUGUGACAAGUCCGUCGUGCCGGACAUGCUUCAAACCGUAAUAUGAGCAGCGCCGACAUUUGUCUAAUAGUUGACAGAAGUGUUAUCGACAAAUUUGGUAACAAUUAUUUACCAUGUUCCGGGUGAGCGUGAACGAAUCUGGCAGUUCAACUCAACCGACAGUGAUCACAUUAGCACAAGCCCUAAAGUUUUUUCCAAAUCUAUCACUUCGUCUGCUGUUACCAACAGCUACAGAGCCUCCCAUAAACUUUGCCGGUUGGUAUAAGGAUAUUGUAGUUGAAUCAGUUGCGGAUUCUGUCAUAAUGGACCCAUCAACUAAAAGAUAUUCCAAAGCAAGAAUUUUGCCAAUGCCACCUAUGUUGAUCAAUAAUCCAAGUAUAUCAAUAACUCCUACUACUAAAAAUCAAAGUCCUACUACACUGCCAAAACAGCCUCCAGUUUCUACUAUUAGUCGAAUAACACAAGGUAUGCCAGUAUCUUCACCUGUUUCAGUAGUACCGGUUAAAAAUCAAGAAAGUGCAAAAUGCAAUGAAUUUAAAGAAACGAAAAACAGUGUUAAUAGAAACUCUCCAAAUCAAAUUUCAAAUAAGCAGCCUCCAGUUACUACUAUUAGUCGAGUAUCACAAGGUAUGCCAGUAUCCUCACUUGUUUCAGUAGCACCAGCUAAAAAUCAAGAAAGUGCAAAAUGCAAUGAAUUUAAAGAAACGAAAAAUAGUGUUAACAGAAACUCUCCAAAUCAAAUUUCAAAUAAGCAGCCUCCAGUUUCUACUAUUAGUCGAGUAUCACAAGGUAUGCCAGUAUCCUCACUUGUUUCAGUAGCACCAGCUAAAAAUCAAGAAAUUACAAAAUGCAAUGAAUUCAAGGAAACAAAAAAUAGUGUUAAAAGAAACUCACCAAAUCCAAUUUCAAAUAAACCGGUGAAAAUGCCAAAACUUAUUACAACCGAAUUACCAAAAAGAAGAGAAAGAAAAGCGGAUAGAACAUUAAUUGAAAGUAUUUCUAAGUUUAUUACAGCUACUAAAGAAAAUAAACUAAAGAAUAUAGAUUCCCCUCCAAAGCCGACUGUUAAUAAUGCAUUUGCAGUAAUUCCUUCAACAUCAAGUUCAGCGAUAAGAGUUUCUCAAGAAACAACAAAUCAACCACCUAUUAAGGAAUUAUCUAAUUUAGAUGUAAAUUGUAAUUCAGAUUCCUCUCCAAUAGAUUUUCAAGUUCCAAGUGGAGUAAAAAAAGAAUAUCAAUUUGGCCCUAACGGUAAAUUCAAGACUCUUGACCAUGACAGUACAAAACAAGAUGAGCCAAAAAAAGAUAACCAAAAAAAUAAUGUAAUUGUUUUACUGGAUGGUGAACAAUUAAUUAAAAUUGAUAGACCUGAUAUGGCGAAUAAGUUACGUGUUGCUAUUAGAUUAGCAAUGAAAGAGGUGAUCUCAAAAGAAGAGUUAGAUACUUUAACACAAAAUGCAUAUUUUAUACAGUCCCCUGAACUUGAGAGAGUUUCUGAAACUAAAGAUGUGUUGCCAACUAAUUCUAAAUCAAAUCCAGUUAAUCACAACAAUGUUUCCAACAUCAAAAAUAUGUCUAACAAUCAAAAUAAAUCACAGAAGGUGAAUCAGCAACAGCCAUGCACUUCAAAACUUACUAUAACUAAAACUCAACCGUUAAUUAAUAAUAAACAAACUAAUUCUUCAAAUACACAACAAACUAUUAAACAAAAUGAUUUGAAACACAAUGUAUCUAGUGUUCAACAUCCUAUGGCUACAAUUACACAAAUUCAAUCAGCAAACAAGCAAACAACUGGAAACCAACAGCCAACCACCUCUAAAAAUACUUUGGUUUCAUUUAAUUCAUCAGUAGCUGGUCAGAAAGUGAUUAGUUUAUUACAAAGUAAACCAGUUGAACUAAUAAACUGUUCCAAGUGCGAUGUAGUAUCUGAAGAUGAGGUUUGUACUUCUUGCCGAAUGUCUUCUCAAUUUAAAGGUGUUACUGUGACACGAAUUGAUACUCCAAGUACUCCUCAACCAACUAAUUUAAACGAUCCUAUUGAGAUCCUUUCUAGUAGCGAUUCCGAAGAUGAAUUUAAGAAAAUUAAAAUAAAUGAGCCAACCAUUUGUAAAAAAGAAACAAAGGAUAAUUUAAAAAAAUAUAUUGAAAAAUUACGAUUAAACCCUACAUUUUUAGAUGAAAAGGUAUGGUCUAAAGAUAUUGGAAUUAAAGACUUUUUCAAAAUUGAAAAAUGUAAUAUUAUACAAAUUGGAAACUAUGAAACUGUAGCAUCUGGUGAUGUAUUUAUUUGUUUGCAUGGAAUCCGUAUGACUAUUAACAAUUUAAAUUCUGAGCCAGUGACUGUUGAUUUACAUAUUGAAAAUAUUACAAAAAUGUUUGGAUACUAUACAGAUCAUCCAUUAAUUAUUUUUUAUACAAAUCAUUUAGCCGCUGUUGGCAUUCAAUUUUUAUUGAAUAUGAAUGAUGGUAACAAAAAAUCAAUUUUUGACCCUUUAAGUGAAGAUUUUAGAGUCAGAAAAAUUGUAUGGUCAUUUGAUUUAAAAAAAAAUGAUAAACAACUAUUAGAAAAAUUAAUGUUGAAGUUACCUAAAGAAAAGUAUGAACCUUUAACUUCUACUCAAGCUAAAGAUAUAAGAAAAAUCAUUUUUCCAUCAAAUCGUAAUGAACCAGAGGUAAAACCACAAUCAGAAAUGACUUUAACUGAAUACGAAAAUGUUGUACUGCUUACUGAAUCUUUUAAUGCUACAAAAGUAGAUAUAAAGGUUUAUGAUUAUAACACGCUUAAUGCGGAGGAAUUUUUAAACGAUAAACUUGUUGAAUUCCACUUAAAUUACUGGUAUAAGAAUAUGUUAUCUUCUGAGGACAAUAAACGUACAUAUGUGUUCAGUACAUAUUUUUAUUCUACAUUAGCAAAAAAAAAAUUAGCAGGAGAUCCUCCUUUUGGCAACUCACUAACAAGAUUUCAGAGAGUUCAAAAAUGGACCAAAAAUAUCAAUAUAUUUCAAAAAGAUUUUAUUUUUAUACCUAUAAAUGAAAACUAUCAUUGGUACAUAGUAGUUAUAUGUUAUCCAUACCUUGAUGGUCCAUUGUAUUGGGAUGGAACUUCUGCACAAGGAUUAGGUGAAGAUGAUGAAUUAAUUGAUCGAAAUGUAAGAAGUCUGUGUGAUACAACAGACCUUGAUGAAGCUGAUGGGAACACAGAAGAUCUUUGGUUCUAUCAGAACGACUUCCCAAAGAAAUCUGGCAAAGAUUUCGUGUAUGAUGUUCAAAAAGUAAUGGAAAGACGAAAAGGAAUUAAACAGCCUUGUAUAUUAAUAUUAGAUUCAUUGUCUGGUGGUGUUAAUCGAGCCAGAAUUGCAGCUACACUACGUGGUUGGUUAUAUGAAGAAUAUCGAGCUAAGCAUAAUGGUUCUACAAAAGACUUCUCGAAAUCAGUUAUGAAAUCAGGUCUAAUUAGAGUACCACAGCAGGGCAAUUAUUAUGAUUGUGGUCUCUUUGUGAUGCAUUUUUUUGAAAAGUUUUUUGAGAAUCCAAUUGUGGAUUAUACUUUCCCAAUAACCCAUUUGGAAAAUUGGUUCCAUCCUGAUGAGGUAUCUAAGAACGCCCAGAAAAGAAGAGAUAUACAACGUUUAAUACUAAAUACUAUAGAAAAAUGCAAGUUGUUACCUCCAGAUUUUAUUUUACCAAGCAUUAAUUUUAUCUCUGAAGCUGAAACAAGAGAAGCUUACAGUAAUUCCCAUAAUAAUAAUCAAAUUUCAAAUCAGAAUUUGCAAAGUUAUAACAGCAAUAUAGAACAUAUAGAAGAUGAUAUGGAAGCUUUUGAUGAGGAAGAAGUUGAUGAUGAUAUAGAAGAAGAAGAGAAUAAUUAUGAACUUGAUGAUGAUGGUCAAUAUGAAGAACAAUAUCCUAGUAGUAACUAUGAUUUUCCAGAAAUGGAUCAAAGUGAAUAUCUUCCUGAAGUGGGAGUACAUGAACAUUGGGCUGAUAGGCAGCAACAUAUAGAUUUUAAUUUAGAGCAAGAUUCUGGAGAUGAUCAGUUUGAUGACUAUCAUUCCAAUGACAAUAUUGAAAUUGAUCCUCAAGCUACAAUUGACCAGAGACAUUUUAGAAAUUCACAACUUGUUCCUAAUGAAGAUUUAAGAUCAUAUGCAAAUCAUUUUCAAGGAAACGAUGAUGAUUAUGAUGAUGAUGAUGAGGAUUUUGAAUUUGAUGAGAUAGACAAUGGUGUUAAUGAAGAUGACAGUGAUGACAAUGAUGAUGAGUCCAAUCAGUCUACAAAUCUUACUAUUAGACAAAGUCAACAAUUUAAUCAUCAUAACUAAACUAAAACUACGUAAAAUCCUAAAAAAAUUAGUGUUAAAAAUUAUAUUAUAAAUAAUCUCAUUAAAAUCGUAAGAUUAAUUUGACUUUGUAUAAAGUUGUAAGUAUAUGUUUGUUGUAAGUAAUAUAAAUUAUUAUAUUAGCAUAAAAGAAAAUUGGA